CGCGAGCGAACAUGGCGGUUUAGUUUCCUGUCGACGUCUCCUGCUGGAAGGCGACUUUUCUUUCCCGUUUCCUUUGUUUCUGCUCGGGCUCCGUCAUGGAGAUGAAGAAGAGGAUCGGCCUGGAGCUGCGGAACCGGGACCCGGCCGAGGUGAGGGAGCUGGUGGUGGAUAACUGCCGCUCCGCUGACGGAGAGGUGGAGGGCCUGACGGAGGAGUACACGGGGCUGGAGGUCCUCAGCAUGGUGAACGUCGGCCUCUCGUCGCUCGCCAAGAUGCCUUCGCUGCCCAAACUACGCAAGCUGGAGGUGAGUGAUAACACCAUCUCAGGAGCUCUGGACACGCUGAAGGAGAAAUGUCCCGACCUGGCGUACCUGAACCUGAGCGGGAACAAGAUCAAAGAGCUGAGCAGCAUCGACACGCUGCAGAACCUGAAGAACCUGAAGAGUCUGGACCUGUACGGCUGUGAGGUGUCCACGCUGGAGGACUACCGGGACACGGUGUUCCAGCUGCUGCCUCACCUGGCCUACCUGGACGGAUUCGACCAGGACGACAACGAGGGGCCCGACUCGGAGGGAGACAACGUUGUUUCAGACGAUGAUGACGAAGAAGCAGGGCCACCUGGAGAUGAUGAAGAGGACAAGGACUCUGACAGCUCUGAGGGAGAGGAAGACGAGGUCGGCCUGUCGUACCUGAUGAAGGAGGGAAUCCAGGACGAGGAAGACGAUGGAGACUAUGUGGAAGAAGAUGAGGAAGACGAGGAGGAAGAUGGAGAUGUCCAGGGGGAGAAGAGGAAGAGAGAAGCGGAGGACGACGGUGACGACGACGAAGAAGAUGAUGAUGACGAAUAAAUGGAGCCCCUCCAGUGACCUCUGACCCCGCAGACAGACAGGAAACAGACAGGCAGGAAACAGGAAGUCAGAUCCUGAGGUUCUGAACCUGCUUUGAAGAAACUGGAUGUUAUAUUUCUGAAAACUUUAUUUACAACCGCUCUGGGUAACAGUACUUCUCCUGAAGUUCUUUUAGAGGUACUUGUACUUCAGUUUUAUGUUUGAAUUAGAGUUGUCUGCAUAUU